AUGGCUAGAAGUCGUGGUCUAGAACAUCUAGAUUAUGAUGGAUCUUCAAAAAUCUUUCUGAAAUUAUAUAAUGGUAUUCACCUUCAUGCAAAUUUAGGUAUAUAUGUAGGGAAUUUAUGUACAACUUUUGAAUAUAAGAACCCUCUCCCCAUUAAUCCUCAUAUUGAAUCCGAAUCAUCUAAUAAAGAACAUUCUUUAAUAAAUUCUGAUACUUGGAUCGAUGAUUACAGAAAACGGCUUCCAACACCAGCAGAUGUGUAUCUGAAAAAAAAGAAAACCACUCAUACAAGCAUUUAUGUUAAACGAAUUGAUAAUAAAGAAUUAUUUUCUCCAACUGUUUCACUAGUAACAACAAAGUCAAAAACAUAUAAUCCAGAUAAAGAUAAUAAAAUAAAUAAAUUGAUCAAACUAUCUAUUCCCGAUAGAUAUAGCACAGAAAUAUCAUGUUGGAGGAAGGCUUUCAAUUUGGUUGUGCUUGUAAUAGAAAGUAAAGAUAUUUGUUUUGAAGAUUUUCUUGAAGAAAUAAGAGAUUUGAAUUUUACAUUUAAUUAUCUUCAAGAAGUUGAUCUAGCGGAUUUUAAGACUUUACUUGAAAAAAUAGUAGAAAUUUAUAAGCAAAAAAUGAAAAUUCAAUAA